CAGGAGCUGCUGUUAUAGACCUGGAAUGCUGUCCUCCCUGGCAGUGAAGGAGUCUGCUCCCCUCUGGUUUUGGCCUCCCUCGAUCUUUGUUUUCUUAUCUCUCAGCUCUGAAGAUAAAGAGGGGAGAAGCUGGUGCAGCCCUGGCUUUGCUGGGGCUGAUAGGGACUGCUCAGUGGGAAGGGUGUACGGCUGUAGGUCGGCUUUGGGUGACAAGAGCAGGGAGGGCUGCUGAGGAAUCCCCAGAUCAACUAUGGGCUUCCCGUGUGCCCCAGCAUCAAGCCAUGGGUUUGGGCUGCCCAUCCUCCCCACGGGAAGGGUCAGGUGCAGAACUCAGACUGUAACCCAGCCGUGCUGGCUUUGCUGGGGAGCACCAGCAUUUUGGAUAGGAGCAGUGGUGUUCAGCACCAAGCAGCUGCACCGUGAUGGUGAGGCCAUCCCCUCCACUCACCAGCAGUGUUGUGCUCCUGGACUGUGCCAGGCUGUGUCCUCAGGAGCAUCGUGGGUCUGGCAGGACUCGCUGUGGGCAGCUCUGUGCUGGGCAGCGGGUGCACAGCGUGGGGCUGUGCUGCUGUGCAAUGCUCAGGGGCUGUGAGGAUGCAGCUGGGAGCAGAGGCGCGGGCUGCUGCCGUGCUGAGUCAGCGUGACUGGCCCUGAGCAGGCGUGCUCCGGACCUGGCUGCUGCUGCCAGGCUAUUUUUAAUAAUGUGGCUUCCGUGUAUUCUGGCUCCUCCUAGUUUUUUAAUUUUCUCCCCCCCACACCCCAAACAAAAAAGCAGCAUUGCUACAAGGCUCCGUGGUCAUAGGGCUGGGGGAGGGCAGCAGGUUGUGCUCAGGGAUAGAAUCUGUUGCUGUACUAGCCUGACUGACGUGGCUGCCGUGUUAUGACGACCCCCAACAAAGGAAACAAGGCCUUGAAGGUGAAGCGGGAGCCAGGCGAGAAUGGGACCAGCCUGACAGACGAGGAGCUGGUGACCAUGUCCGUGCGGGAGCUGAACCAGCAUCUGCGGGGCCUGUCCAAGGAGGAGAUCAUCCAGCUGAAGCAGCGUCGGCGCACGCUGAAGAACCGAGGCUACGCAGCCAGCUGCAGGGUCAAACGCGUUACCCAGAAGGAGGAACUGGAGAAGCAGAAGGCAGAGCUGCAGCAGGAGGUGGAGAAGUUGGCCUCUGAGAACGCCAGCAUGAAAAUGGAACUCGAUGCUCUCCGUUCCAAAUACGAGGCACUCCAGAACUUCGCCAGAACCGUGGCCCGGAGCCCCGUCACCCCUGUGCGGGGCCCUCUCACCUCCAGCAUGGGGCCCCUCGUCCCUGGCAAGGUCGCUACCACUAGUGUCAUCACAAUAGUGAAAUCCAAAACGGACGCCCGGUCUUAGUGAAGCGAGUGUUGCCUGAGCUUGUCUGUGCAGGGCAAUUAGGCACAAAACCAGCCUGGAAUCCCCAAAGCACAAACCCUCCCCACACGGGUCAGGGUUCCUUCUACUUGGCCCAGGACUGGCCUGCUGAUCGCUCUGGUUUUGUUUUGUUGUGUUCAGAUUGGUAUGAGCAGUGGUGAUGCAUCCCUUGUCCUGUGCAGACAGCACCUCCCACCCAACGGUCUGUAGCCCUCAGCUGCCCUUGGGACAGGCUGUAAGAUCUCGGUGUUCUAGCCAAAGGAAGUCUGCGCUGCGCAGCGAGCGGCCCGGAGGGAGGCUUUCUUCCUGGAACCCCAGUUUUCAGUCACUUCCAAAGGCUUUAUUUCAUUACUCUUCCAGGUGGUGUAUCCAGGUGCCUGACUGCCCGGCACCUGAACCUGCUGCUUUUGUCUCAUCCGGUACCUGUAGUUGCAGCUGGGGUGUUCUGUGUAAUAGAUGUGGUAUUCAUUUCUAGGUGCGCCUCUGUGCUCGAGCAGUGAGUUUCCUUCAGGCUUCCAUGGCAGUAGAGUGCAGAUAGCAGCGGGAGACGGGAAGAUGCUGGUGCGCCCCACUGCCUCUGCCCCAGAGCAGGGCAUGGGAUGGGAUGGGGUCUGUGUGGGGCCCAGCACCUUGGGGUUGGGGGGUCGGGGGGAGGGAGGUACCUUGCUGACUGCAGGCCGGUUUUGUGCCUAAUGCGUUGCACUGAACAAGACCAAAAUCACUAGUUGUUCCCGUGUUUUGAGGGUAUCAAGUGUCUCUAGUGUGAUGGUUUACACGACCAGUUUAUGUGGUUAAAUAGCCCUUUUAUUUAAAGAGAAACAUCGUUUUAAGAGUUAUUAAAUUAUCUAAGUUUAAAAUGAAAAUCAAGACAGAAGAGAGAGCGUAUUUAUAGUCAGCUUUUUUUAUCCGAGAGGGCGAGAAUAUUUGGCCAUAGGAAUGGGGAAAUAUUCUCGGAGACUUUGCUAGUUAAAAGUUAAUAAAGAAAUAAUUUUAAAGUUUCUCAUGAAACCUCCCGCAAACUGUUUGUGGCUCCGAGGUUAGUUUUUAUAAAGAGUUAUCAGACUUUAUUUAUAAAAGGUAGAAAAAAAAAAAAAAGACAAAAAAAAGACAAAACGACAAAAAAAGACAAAAAAAGAGGCAAAUCCUGUUUGAUAUCUUUUUGCAAUUGUACCAAAAGUGACUUAUUCUCGAUCUUGCUGGCUUCCGUUGCGUCCCCUCGUGUUGCUCUCUCUGUGCUCUCCCAGCUCCGCCGUGCUGUGCUGGUGUCAGUGGCUGCCUUUGCAGUGUGCUGUCGUUCUCAUGCUUCUGUUGUUAUCCCUGAGCUCGAGGUUCACUUGGAAUCUCUCUGAAUUCUCCAGGAUUCUGGCGCACAGGCAAAGAUGCUGCUUUUCUUAGAGGUGAAAAUGAAUGGCUGCCCAGAAAACACUGCUCUGCAGAGGGGUUUUGCAGGACAUCUGCUUCUCUCUCUGGGUGUUGUAGCUGUGGCUUCUGCACAAGCAGCUCAGGCAUCUCACUGCCCAGCCAGUGCUGAUCUCGGAGUUACCUGCAUGGGGGAUGCGUUCCCAGUGGAACUGCUCUCCUCUGGCUGAGAAGUAACACAAGGGAGAGCUAUAUAAGUUCAGAAGGAGACUGAAGGGGUUGAAUGCUGGAGCUGGAUGUGGAUCUUGUGGUCAGAGCUCACGCUGUGCUCUUGGCUCCUCUGAUAAGAGGCAGGGCUGAUGGUGUUAUAGGCAGUGCAGGACCUGCGCUUGUCCUGAAGCUGCAGUCUCUUGUGCUGAGCAUCAGCGUAUUACUGCAAAGUGAGCAAUGUCUUGGUUAUUAUUUUUCCUGCUGCAGCUUCUGGCUGUAGGUGCUGGUAAAGGUACUUAAACUGACAGCUGUGUGACACAGCUGAGAGAUGAUUUGUGGUGAGGCUCCAUUUUCACACUAGGACAGCUGCUGGUUACCGAGUUGUUGUGGAGAAGCAGGGCAUGGGGAUGAAGUCUGUUUGAUCUUUUGGCUGUCAAAAAUCACCUGAGCACAGGAGACCGAUAAGGAUGGCACAAGUGAAGUUUGCUGUACUGGAUGUGUUUUGGUGAUGAGUUUCUCACAUGGCUGAAAUGAUGUGCUUUUCUCUGGGCUGAAAAGCAGGCAAACCUAAAGAGAGCUGCAGCACAGCAGGAGAGGAGCUGAUGGGAUUUCUUGUUGAAAGAGAUCAGCUUUGCACUGACUAAUUGCAGGCUUAGGGAGAAGCUGCUUGGAACUCUUUUCCCUGUGAACGUUAUGAGUAAGGAGUAGGUUAGAACAUCACCUUCAGGCUUCCCCCAUCCAGCUCAUGAGUUUUCUCCUCUCUGAACUGAGGUGUUUGUUUUGCUGCUUCCUUGCCAUGCACCGGAUGGGCUACUUGCUGUGCAACACUUGGCACAGGCUUCUAGGCUCGAGCCUUUGUCUUCCAGCUGGUGGAUGUGGAUGGUGUGAGGAGGGGAUGGGACACAGCACAGAGUCCUUUGGCUGGCUCAGGGUUUAAAAUCCAACCCUGUCCCUCCUGGAGUCAGCCUGAGAUCUGACCUGGCAGGAGAGCUUUCCUGACCCCAGCUGGAGACCUGACCUCUGCAGAGCGAGCAGACAAGGUUUUGUGCGCAAAACUGUCUCCAUUUACUGGAGAUUGUUUUGAGGAGGGCUCCAUCAACAGAGCAGGCAAUGACAGGCAGUCCCACAGCUCCCACAAACUCAUUUCCAUUGUAUUCUGCACCCGAUCCUUCUCUGCCUUCUGGAUGGCAAUUGCUGCUGCCAUAAGAGCCUGUGCUUUCCUGGAGCAAGUGAGGAGGACAGAGCAGGUGUCAGCGCUGACUCCACCAGCCAUGAGUGCUGUCAUUUCCCCUCCUUUGCGCUGUGCUUUAGCUUGUGGUCCCAGUUUGCUUUGAGUGAAUGCAUUCAGUGAGGACACAUCUCUUUAGGGACAUAUGGGCACAAAGCUGCUGCCACAGGGUGAACCUGCAGCUGAGAUGGUUCCCUGCUCACCAAGCUCUGCCUGGCUCCAUCCUAGAGGUGCUGGGGUGGCUGUGCUCCUCUGCCGGGUGCUGCUUCCCCGUAUGGCGUGGUGUGUUUUGGUUUUGUUCUCAGUGAAGUAUUGCAAUCUGACUCAUGUAUUUCUGCCGUGUCUGAGGAACCUCCCGUCACGCUCGGGGCAGCCUGUCCUCAUCACCCGGUACUGUGAGGCCGUCCUGCCCCGAGCCCAUCGCUCUGCUCUCUCUCUCUCUCGUAUAUAGCGUUCUGGAGUGUGGCAGUUCUUGUUCCUGAGGUGCUCGUCCGUUCGGUUUCCUGCUGUGAAGGGUGUUGUGUUUUCUUUCUCCUUUCCCGGUACAUUUUUGAUGCAGUGGUUGUGGAGGUUGGGCCCGACCCCAACCGCCCUCAAAGGAACCACGCAGUGUGUCCGUGCAGCGGCCGGGCGGGGUUUGUGUAUCGUGUGGUGAAUCGUGUCAGUGAGUUCCGCCUUGUCCCGGGGCAGCGGGGCGGGGGAGGCCCGAGCUCGGAUCGGCCCGGACGGACCCGCCGUGCCGUGGGCCGGGGCUGCAGCGGCUGCCGGGCCCGUCCCGGCCCCGCACCCGUCCGCUGUGGAGGGGGGCGGUAUUUAUUGCUAAGUUAUUGCCCCGCGCGGCGACGGCGGGCGUUAUUUAUUGCUGUACAUAGUGUUCGUCUGCCGGCGCGGCCGCCGUUGUUUUGUACAUGACAAUAAACAGCUUUCAAACA